AUGGAUCAUUCAGAUCAGUAUGUCCCAUUGCACUUUCUAGAGCGCAGCGAAUUAUAUGACACGGUCAAGCCAUAUAACUUCCACUAUUUUCCGAAACAAAUCUUCCCCCUCCACAACGUCAAGCAUGAUAUCCAGACUGUCUGCGUGCGAAGCAUGCGACCCCUUGUUUCCACCCUCUCCAUUGACACGCAGGGCUUCGAAGUGCAUAGGCUCGCCACAGAAAUGACCUACGAGGAUUUCAUGGACGAGGACGUCGUACGGGACAAGUACUUCAAAGAGCUUGAACUCCACCUGAAGGAGAAACUAGGCGCCCACGAGGUUCGAGCCUUGGAUUCCCAGUUGCGACUGAAAGAUCCGGAGUUUCCAGCCUUUGGUGGAAAGCCACACCCCAAACCGCAGCCAAGUCUGAUGCUGCAUGCCGACGUCACUCUGGAAGCGUCUAAAAGCAUCAUCGGCGACUUAUAUGGAGACGAUGCGGCGAGGAUAACAAACUCCCGAUUCCAGGUCAUAACUGUCUGGAAGCCUCUUUCCGUUCCCGUCCGGGACUGGCCUCUUGCUCUCUGCGAUGCUUCCAGUAUCGACCCAGCAGACUUUGAGCCCUCUGACAUUAUCUACCCCAACUACGUCGCCGAAAAUCUAAUGCUACAUUACAGUUCGAAUCAGACAUGGUACUGGCUGCCGGAUCAGCAACCCGAUGAGGUACUUGUUUUCAAGGCCGUUGAUUCGGACAAGCGGUAUAACCACCCCUGUUCGCAUGGUGCAUUCCCUCUCCCAGGGCAGGAUCUCAAGACAAUCCCUCGAAGAGAGAGCAUAGAUGUUCGUCUGCUGGUAAUGUACGCUGACAUUGAAUAUCCGGAGUCCAAGCCUUGGGCUUCGUGA